GCAACCCAGGGCCAGUGUGUCAGUCCCGGAGUUCGUGCGAGCUUUUCACGACGCGUUCGGUUUUCUCGCUGCGUGCGUUCUGCUGCUGCCUUCUGCCCACUGUGUGUGCGGUGUGUGUAUCUAUAGUGUGUAGUUGGAGAGUAGGCUGGUACUCGCGUCGCCGUGUCCCCGUGUCGGUUUUUGGUGGAAGAACAGCGGCUCGCCCGUGCGGAAACGUGAAGUUUCUCUCGUUUUAAGCUAGUGAAAGAAAAGCUAAUCCAGAACACUCAAAAUGUCUACCGUCGACAAGGAAGAGCUAGUGCAGAAGGCAAAACUAGCCGAACAAUCUGAACGAUACGAUGAUAUGGCACAGGCAAUGAAAUCAGUAACAGAAACCGGAGUGGAACUGUCAAACGAGGAAAGGAACCUACUGUCCGUCGCUUACAAGAACGUCGUCGGUGCCCGAAGAUCAUCAUGGCGAGUGAUAUCGUCGAUUGAACAGAAAACGGAAUCCUCUGCCCGCAAACAGCAACUGGCACGAGAGUACCGGGAACGAGUUGAGAAGGAACUGAGGGAAAUCUGCUACGAAGUGCUGGGUCUGCUGGACAAAUUCUUAAUUCCCAAAGCCAGUAAUCCAGAGAGCAAGGUGUUUUACCUCAAAAUGAAGGGAGACUACUACAGAUACCUAGCUGAAGUAGCCACCGGCGAAACCCGCCACACCGUAGUUGACGAUUCCCAAGCCGCGUACCAGGAUGCCUUUGAAAUUAGUAAAGGCAAAAUGCAGCCAACACAUCCUAUCCGAUUGGGUCUUGCGCUCAAUUUCUCCGUCUUCUAUUACGAGAUCCUAAACUCGCCCGACAAAGCCUGCCAGCUGGCUAAACAGGCAUUCGAUGACGCGAUUGCUGAGCUGGACACGCUGAACGAGGACUCCUAUAAAGACUCGACACUCAUCAUGCAGCUGCUGCGAGACAACCUGACGCUGUGGACGUCCGAUACCCAGGGUGACGGUGACGAACCACAGGAGGGUGGCGAUAAUUAACCAAACUAAAAUUAAAGCGAAACAAAAAACCACACACACGCAUACACACUACCAACAACAACAACAAAACAACCAACAUAGACACGCAGACACGAAACACGCCACACACACACACAUUACACGGUACACAUUACACUACAGACACAAACACACACACUUAAAGCAUAAUAGAAAUUCCUUUUGACUAUUGAUUAAUACGAGACAGCGGAAGGGAACCGCCACCAUCACCACAGUUGGUGUUGUGCGAAGAAGAUGAAGCGAGCGCAGAUAAAAAAAAGAGUAGCUUCCGCAAAACAUAGCAAAAUAUCGUGCAAGAAGAGCAGCAGGCACCACCGCGUCAGUGUCUCAGUAACAGCAAGUCAGCAAGUCAGCAGGUCAGCAGCAGCAGCAGCAACAGCCAAACGAUGAUGGUAUGAAUGUUGGACUGGAAAGUAGCAAAGAACACACAACACAACACAUCAGUCAUCGAUCGAGGCAGAGAUAGAGAGUAACGAAAGCAGGCAAGCCUUUUCCCGUUUGUGCUCCGUGGCCGAACGGAGACGUACAUUAGUUCGGUUUCUUGCGAACGAGAGUGAAUUCACUCUCGGGUUAGCACAGCACUCAGCAUCAGCAGGUCCGGAAACGGAAGAAGUAGUAGGCAUAAAGUAGACCAGCCAGCCAGACAGCCGCGCGGAUACUCUCGUCGCUUGUGAUGUGUACGUCGUCAUCCUUGUGUCAUCGCGCAGGAACUAUGUGGGUGUGUGUGUGUGCGUGUGUGGAUGUGUGUGUUAUGUCAAAGAAGAAGGAACGCCCGAGGAACUGGCAUAAUUUUGUUGCUUUUUAACGAGCACGAAAUAAAGGAUUGGUGUAACAAUAACAACAAACCAUAGCAAGUAACAAGGUGAGAAAAAGGGCACGAAAUGAAGAAAGCAGAGCUGUUGCCUUAGCGCUCAUUCUGCUCGAACGCAUUAUGUGCUUACUAACAACCCACACACACACUCGAAACGGCAGCGAGAAAGAAAUGAUUAGUCUUUUUUUUAAAAGCACUGUACUACCUCCGUAGUGCAACGGGAAGCGGGCAAAAAUAUACACGCACUCACACACACUCACACACGCAUACAUAUUAUCAGAAAUUGGAUUUCUGAAAUCUGGUAAGAGAGAAAGAGAGAGGAAAAAACAUCAUCUCUAUCAAAAGCAUAACGGGGGCCAAUGAUGACGAACAAUAUGCCAAGCAAACCAAUCGAAGGCUAAACAGAACAAAGAAAGAAGAGAGAAAAGAGGCAUUAACAUACAGAUGAAAAGAAGGUAAAAGUCUAAACGAUGAGUGGCAAACAAACAAAACAAACAACUCAAAAACUA